UUCAAAGACGAUGACAACCCUUCUUGAUGGACUAAUUCGAGUAAAAGACAAUGACAACCUACACUGAGUUAAAUCAGUUGGUCAGAAGCAAUUCCACUAGCAAAUCACUCAUCUUUUAAACUGAAUUAGCUUUGUCUCCACACGGAAAACAAAUUUGCUUUCCGGUCGCCUGAGCACAAGGUAAAGUUUCUCUAGAUAAUUUCAUCGAACAGCUGUUGGGCGCAGCUCGACAGAAACAAGCAAGAUCGAAACGGAGUACAGAAUUGAAACCAAGAAACGUAUAAAGCAUAUCUAACCAAUUUCCAUGGAAGGCGGCAUAAAGAGGAACCGGAUUUGCUUGCAAAGACCCAGAAAACUUCUCGUGCUCUUGCGUGAGAAGUUCCGGGGAAGAAACUCCUCCCACCGUCCCAUCUAAUGGUGGUUCGCCACAGAAGCUUCUCCGAGCAAAAGCCACUCAUGCGAAGGCACAGUGGCAGAGAAUUGCUGUACAUCGGAUGAUUAAUCGUGCUAAAAUUAGUGCUUCCAUGCCUUACACAUUAAACCUCAACACACCGAGGAAUUCAUUGUACAUGAAUUGGGAGCCAUUACAAAUAACUGAUGAUAGACAUCAAAUCCAGCCUGUUUCCAGCUCUCCAACUGCUGUUUGAAUCCCACGGGUUUCCCGCCGCCAAAUACGGGAAACGAUAACCGCGACAGUUGUCCCCUUCUCCCGCCAUCUUCUCCCCCCGCGUUAUCUCUGUUCAGGAGAGAGCCGAUCUCUCCCUUCCCCUCCUCCAAUGGCGUCGCUGAGCCCCGGCGUCCUCCUAAGGCUGCUCCAAGACAUCGACCGCUCCGACAACUCCCCUCGCCGCCCGCUCCACCACGCCCCCCUUGCUGUCCUCCAAGUCACCGGCAUCGUCCCCGCCGUAGCCGGCUCCGACCUCUCCCCCGACCGGGGCUUCUACGUCAAGGUCUCCGAUUCCUCCCACUGCGCCUACGUCUCCCUCCCUGCGGACCUCAACGACCUCAUCCUGGCCGACCGCCUCCAGCUCGGCCAGCUCAUCCAUGUCCGCCGGCUCGAGCCCGCCUCCCCCGUUCCGGUCCUUCGCGAGUUCCGCCUCCUCGAGGGCCGCCACCCCUGUCUCCACGACACGGUCGACCUUACUCGGGGACCGUCUCGCCCGGCCGCUCCGAGCGCCACCCCUCCUCGGCCUCCGCCCGAGAAGAACAAGCGGCAGCUGCACCGCAGGAGCAACUCGUUCGCGGGAGACAGGAGCGGCGCGGCCGGCAUGAGCUCUCCGUCCUUCACCGCCGUGAAAAGAGAGAGAAGGAGUUCGGACGUCCUGAACGAGCUGAAGAAGUUUAGCGUCGCGUGCAUGGAUGAAGACAUUUACGACUCCGACGAUUCGCGGAUAUCUUACCCCUCGUCUCCCGCGUCUUCCAGAUUCUCAUACACCUCCUCCUCCUCCUCCUCCUCCUUCUCCUCCUCCUCGUCAUCUUCGUUCUCCUCCGCAUCGUCGUCCUGCACAGUGAGGCCGAGGAAAAGCUGGGAUGCCACGGGGAGGAUUCCAGAGAGGAGAAGAGGGAUGAAACCCUCAGUUCCGAGUCAGAGUGCCAGUGUUUCUCCGAAUAGGUUGGCUCGGCAUGUAAGCUUAACGCCACAAGAUGAUGCUUCUGGUGCCCUUUCAGCUUGCCCAACAAACACCCAGAGAUCUGUCAAAGCACCUGUGGGUUCUGCUAAGCGGAAGCUCCCUGAUUCAGAUAAACCAUGCACAGAAUCCGAUAAGAUGGGCGUCAUCUCCGCAUUGCAACCUCCCAGCUUGAUGAAGCAUGCCAAGGUAUUCUUUUCAGUGCAUGCUUUCUUGUGAAAAUGCGGGCAGCCUGCUCCAGCGUGAGUGGCUUUAUGGUUCCACCUCUGCAGGUAGUGCUGAGGCAAAGGGACUCGACACUGCA